GUUUGUGAUUAGCUAAUUAUUUGGCCUGAGCUUUAAAUGCCAAAAUAUAGAACAUCAUUGACAUUUUCCAUAGACAAAAAAGAAAAAAUACAGAAAGAGGAAAAAUAGCCUUAUUUGAACAUUUUAAAACUGAAGUAAAUGAAUGUCUUGAACUAGGGCAGGACUGUGGAGACUAAGACUGAUGGUCUAUUACUGUUAAGCCUUAGAGGAGCAGGAACUAGACAUUGGUACCAGCUAUGAUCUGGAUGUGUUUUAUUACAAUGCAAAGGAGCUAAUUUACAUACAGUACAUUUGAAUUCUAUAUUUAUAUAUGCAGCAUUUUAGCAAGCUGUAACUUUGUUGAGACCCAUACUCCGGGCAUGAGAGCUGUUUGUUUUGUUUGUUUUGUAUCUUUUAUUUAUCUACACUAACCCAAUUUAAAUCCAGCUGGCAUGGCAACCUGCAGAGGACUCAGAGGACUCAGAGGACAGCUGAUGUUUUAUGGACUUCUUAUGACCACAUUUCUAAUGAUGUUGCAUCGCUAUGGGCAGAACAUUUCGAAGGAACUGAAAGAAAAAAGAAUAUUUCAAGUACAGGAGGAGAGAAAGCAAAGGAUAAAAGAAGUUUGUGAUGGUGACAAAAUCAACUUUUAUAAGCAAUACAUCAUGGAUGACAAGCCUUAUCACCACCUCCUGGUGGAUGACAUGCAUGGUCUAAUCUACUGUUAUGUUCCCAAGGUGGCCUGCACCAACUUGAAGAGAAUCAUGCUAGUGUUGAAAAAUGGUGAGCCUUAUGAAGAUCCAGCAAAUAUAAGUAUAAAUGUCCACAACAAGCUUCCCCGACUGACCACAUUCUCCAAAAAUGAGAUCCAGGCCAAGCUGAAGCACUACACCAAAUUCCUGUUUGUCCGAGACCCAUUUGUUCGUCUCAUUUCUGCCUACAGAGACAAAUUUGAGAGACUUGAUGAGCACUUCUACACCUUGUAUGGGCGCAUCAUCUUGCAUCUAUUUGGCAACUCUCCUUUUCCGCCGAAACAUUUGAAUGAUGCCAUAAGAUUAGGACUGAACAUCUCCUUUCACAACUUCAUUAAAUACCUCUUGGACUCACGGACGGAAAAGAAACAGCCAUUUGAACCACACUGGAGACAGAUGUACCGCUUGUGUCACCCUUGUCAAAUAGAGUAUGAUUUCAUUGGACAUCAGGAGACUCUGCAGGAGGACGUUCAAUGUCUGCUCCAGGUCUUGAAGCUGCAGGAUGACCUCAAGGUCCCGCCUUCUUAUGACAACGUGACGUCCCUUGACUCUGUGCAGAGCUGGUUCAGAACAGUGCCUCUAAAGGACAGGAGGAAACUCUACAAGCUCUAUGAGAAAGACUUUAUGCUUUUUGGCUACAGAAAACCAGAUGAGCUCUCAACAGAUUGAUGAUUGUAACUUUAGAUUUUCAAAUAUUUGUUUAACAAAUCUUUUCUUUAAUACAUUUUGAUGUACAUUUU